AUGUCGCGGGCGGACCGCGUUGCGCGGCGGCGCGACCCGUCAAUAAUCCUGCCGCGCGUGCAGUCGGUGAUCAUGCACCCGGGCGGCGGGCGGGCGGCGGCGGGGCGGACGGGCGCGUCCGGACGCUACGCGCAGGACCGCGGGGUGGUGUCGAGCUAUGCGUGGGGCGCGGACUACCACGGGGUGCUCGGCGGGCGUCUGAAGCGGCUGGGCGCGCACCUGAAUGCGGUGGCCGGCGGGGUGGGCCGGUUCUACGUGGACACCGGGGCGAUUCUGGAGCGCGACUUUGCCGAGCGCGCGGGGCUGGGGUUUGUGGGGAAGAAUUCGCUCGUGAUCCACCCGCGCGGCGGCAGCGGCUUCUUCAUCGGCGAGCUGUUCUCCACCGUUGCGCUGCCGCGCGACGGCGACGAGGACGCCGGCGUGGUGCCGCGCGGGAAGGGGAAGCCCGGGUGCGGCGCGUGCUCCAAGUGCAGGGUGGCGUGCCCCACGGGGGCGAUUGUGCAGGACUACCAGGUCGAUGCGCGACGGUGCAUUAGCUACUUGACGAUCGAGCUCAAGGGGGCGAUCCCCGUGGGCCUGCGGCGCGGGGUCGGGAAUAGGGUGUAUGGGUGCGACAUCUGCCAGUUGGUGUGCCCGUGGAACCGAGUGGAGUGGGGAAAGAAGGCGGCGCCGCGAGGAGGGUACUCGCCGAUGUUCGGGAGCGUCGCGGAGGACGUGGCGACGCCGCGGCUUACCGAGCUUGUGUGCAUGAGCGACGAAGAGUUUGAGCAGAGGUUUCGAGAGUCGGCCGUGUAUAGGAUAGGCAGGGAGCGGAUGGCGCGCAACGCAGCGGUCGCGCUGGGCAACGUCGGCGGGCGGGACGAGCUGGCCGUCGUGGAGGAGGUGGCGAGGCGCGACGGCAGCGAGCUGGUUAGAGAGCACGCGCAGUGGGCGGCGCGGGAGAUCCGUGACAGGCUCGCCCGUGGGGGGGGGGGGGGGGGGGUGGGUGGAUAA